GAAAGCAAUCCACAGUCAUUUGACCGGCCGUUUCGUCGUGCUCAGGAACAGGAAAGAAAAAUAACGAGCUGAAGUGAUGAAUUCCUACCUUGUCUUAGUUUGCAGCAUUUGUAUUUCCUUCAGUUGGACUGGUCUGUCGAAGUUGGUUCACAAAGGUAAUCACUGAUAGUGAGUCUAAUGAUUACAUAAAACCAAAAACUAAUUCGACAGUCUUUAGUAUCGAAUAAAAUUUAAGGCAAGGUAGUAGAACAUAAACAUUAUGUUCCUCAAGCUCUAUGAUGAGUUAUAGUACCCGCUCAGUAAUUUCUAGAGUUUUCUCUGGCACUGUUCUUCGCUCAUACACCUGUUACGCUUGUACUUAGAGUGUGGGCUACUUGGAUAAAACGUAACUUAGACCUCAAAAGGUAUCUUAGACCGCGGGCUAAGAUAAUUGUUAAGACAACAUUUUUUUUUGUAAGUCGUUUAUUUUACGCAGAUUAUAAACUACCAAUGGACGACCCAAAUUCAAAAUAACCUAGCACAGUUUGUGCAACACUGCCUUAACUCUGUUUAAAUAACCGACCCAGGACAGAAAGCUAAGUAACAGAAUACAGUUAAAACAAAGUCGGCUCUUACAUAACAGUAAGCAGUAAGAGACAAAAAGCAAGUUGCAUUAUUGUUUGCUAAAGUAAAACAUAGUACUACAUGUAUUUCAGAUGAAUGCUUAGCUUAAUUUAUGGAUCUAAUGGACUGUGUUAAAAGUUCGUAAAUUAAUUCCAGUAGCUAGUUUUGGAUGACAUAAAUGCAGGGAAAUUAUUGUAUAUGCUGCCUACAAUGCCCGUUUUAAAUACACUGUCGGCAUUUUUCAAGAACCGCACCUGGUCUUUUCGUAGCCAUAUGAUGACAUAUAAUAAUAGGAUUUUAUGGCGAUGCAUUAAUUAAGGCAAAGGCCUCCAGGGUCCAAGCUAUCGGAAUCUUUCAGCGAACACGUAAUCUCAAAUACAAUGCCUUUUGACACAGAUAAAAGACAACAUAUAUUUUCAAAUUAAUUAGUUUCGAAUGUUUAAACUCGCAGUCUUGGUGCAAAACUGCAUUUUUUUAAAAUGGUAAAAUAGUUUUGAAUACUUUUAGGCUAUAAUUGACCUUAGUGACACUGAAAAGUCGACAGAAAAAAAACGCUACAGACGUCCGUAUGUCUUAUUCGUUCAGAAAAUUAAUAGUUUCCUCAUGGGACCAAUUUUUACAUUAAUCAAUAAAAUAAUACGGUAUUUUUUUUAUCAUUUAUCUUUGUUUAUUUCUCAUCCAAGAGAGAAGGAAAUAAAAUUUGAAAUCAAUUUUCUUUAACUCUACCCCCCUCCCCCCCUCCACCCCUUCCCACCCACGCAAUUACAUUAACGGUGAAGCCAAAAAAUAAUUACGUAAAUCCUUUAUUAAGGCCCGGCCCGGCCCGGUAUAAGUACUCCAUAAAGAACUAAAAUAUACGGUGGAAAAGCUAAAGUACAAGAAGUCAAAGGUAUCUGAUACAGGCGAGGAUCAAAAACAAAUCCGAACUUCCAGUUGUUGAAUACACUAUCCUGGGUCAGUCCAAAUGAAGUUUUACAGUCGCGAUUGAUUUAUACAGUCUAUCAUAAAUUAUUGAAGGAAAAUAAGGGGGAGGGUCGAGAUAGGGGGGAUUAAAUUUCUUCCCCUAAAAAUUGGGGAGCUUGUUAGAGAGAGGGGGCUUAUAUGAGGGAGGGGGUGGGGGCGGGGGCUUAAUUAAGUGUAUUUACGGUAAUGAACACUCACUAGGCCUGAGUUUUUCCGCUUUCAUUCAAAAGCUUGCUUAGAAACAGUGGCAAUUAAAGAGGGAAACUCAUCAGGCAGCAAGCAAACAUUUAGCAAACUAUUUCGUGCUAUUCCCGAUCUUUGAUAUACGGCAUGUACAAGCACCCGUGUAUUCUUCCAGUAGCCUCCAUCUUGCAGUCUUUUAUACGGGAACCUAUGUGUAAGAAAAGUGAAAUAACUUUCAAAAGCAAUUGAAUAACUUAAGCUGGUGUUUAAUUCAAGGCAAAAAUGAUUUAAUAAGGAUUAGAUAUCAUGUUCUAAAGGAGCAAUUUAAAUCAACAAAAACAAGAGAAGUGAAUAUUAAGCCUUUGUUUGGCCGUUUAAAUAUUUCUAGUCAGACGUGAACCAACAACUCCAUUAUGGUCGACUGAUCAUAUGUUGUGUCGAGACCUGUUAUGGAGCUUUUUAUGCAUUAAAUGUUAUUGAAAUAUUCCAGCGUGCAAUUAAAGGACAUUUUCAGCAAGUUUAAAGACUGUCCUGUUCAACUGCCGAGGUAGACUAAGUAGACAUUCUUAUAAAAAAAAAAAAAAAUAGUACGUCACUUGGGGAAUACCUAAUUUCGUCAUUAGUUCAUUUUCCCUCACAUAAAGGCUCGGGAAGUCAAUAAGUAUUUUGACAAAACGUGCGUCAAAUUUUUUUCCGAUCGUAAUGUCACUUGUCAACAUAUGAUUAAACAUACUUAAGACCUAACAAAACCUUUAGUGAUUAUAUUUGAAAGUGAAUUAUUAAAGAUACACAAUGGCCCAAGUUUUCCGCAUUCACAAGAACAACUAAAGAACGAAACUUAGACCAAAACAAUUCUGUAGGAAGCGAGAUGCGGUGUCAAGUUUUCCUGCAGUUUAUUAUAACAAUAAGCUCAUUCUCGAUCUCUUGAUUAAAAUAAGCAAGGGCCUAGACCUCAACCGGGUAUUAACUUCUUGAAUACGAACAUAGUUGACACUGCCCGUUAUGAAUCAAUUCACAGUCAUGAGGGACACAAUUGAAGACCGUGUUAAUUUGCAUUAGACAUCAAGUUUAUUGGUCAAUCAAUGGUCUUUGAAUUGAAAACAAAUAAAUAAAGCAAAAGGACCCUCUAUUAUUUAAUUCCACGCAGUACAAGUUCCUUUCAGAGGGCUUUAAAAUAAUAUACUAGUUUGCUUGACCUUUAGCUAGCAUUUUUGUUCUUUUUAGCCUUCGAGACACAUAAAUCAAAAUUAAGUCUUUUCUGAUUGAUCUUUAGUCAAUUAAUUGGUCUGUGUUGAGAGUAGAAGACGCAACACUUGAAACAUCCAGUUUCAGUUAACAACAUCCAUGUGGAUCAGGAACGCCGGGGCGACCUGUGCUUUGGUUGAACCGCGCUUUGUUGUAAAAUAUCGCAAACGAAGAAUUACGCUUGAGUUCUUCUAUGUUAGCAGUUAAUUUCUUCGUCUCCGCUGCCAUUUCGGGUGAUUAGAACACAGAAAUAGCCAAAAAGAAAUGAAAAUUUCACCGAAAAUUCCCACUUUCCACUUUUUGGCAAAUUUUAGCAAUCUCUAGGAAUCCUCUAAGAGAGAGAGAAAGAGAGAGAAAGUAUAUCUAUAUUGCAUGACAUUUGCCCUGGUAGUAGGUGGGUUUAAAAUUUAGGGCUUUCAUGUCGUUAAAUUAAUGACGUCAUGGUUUCUUGCAGACGUCAACCCUUGUAAAUCAAACAACCACAAGGUGCUCUCCGAGCCUGAUCGGGCGGCAGGGUUUAUAAUAAUUAAAAGAAAAAAAAAAAAGUACGUCACUUGGGGAAUACUUACGUCAUUAGUCUAUUUUCCCUCGCAUAAAGGCUCGGGAAGUCAAUAAGUAUUUUGACAAAACGUGCGUCAAAUUUUUUUCCGAUCGUAAUGUUACUUGUCAACAUUUGAUUAAACAUACUUAAGACCUAACAAAACCAUUAGUUAUUAUAUUUGAAAGUGAAUUAUUAAAGAUACGCAAUGGCCCAAGUUUUCCGCAUUCACAAGAAUAAUUAAAGAACGAAACUUAGACCAAAACAAUUCUGUAGGAAGCGAGAUGCGGUGUCAAAGUUUUCCUGCAGUUUAUUAUAACAAUAAGCUCAUUCUCGAUCUCUUGAUUAAAAUAAGCAAGGGCCUAGACGUCAACCGGGUAUUUUUUAUUUAACUUCUUGAAUACGAACAUAGUUGACACUGCCCGUUAUGAAUCAAUUCACAGUCAUGAGGGUCACAAUUGGAGACCGUGUUAAUUUGCAUUAGACAUCAAGUUUAUUGGUCAAUCAAUGGUCUUUGAAUUGAAAACAAAUAAAUAAAGCAAAAAGACCCUCUAUUAUCUAAUUCCACGCAGUACAAGUUCCUUUCAAAGGGCUUUAAAUAAUAUACUAGUUUGCUUGACCUUUAGCUAGCAUUUUUGUUCUUUUUAGCCUUCAAGGCACAUAAAUCAAAAUUAAGUCUUUUCUGAUUGAUCUUUAGUCAAUUAAUUGGUCUGUGUUGAGAGAAGAAGACGCAACACUUGAAACAUCCAGCUUCAGUUAACAACAUUCAUGUGGAUCAGGAACGCCGGGGCGCCCUGUGCUUUGGUUGAACCGCGCUUUCUUGUAAAAUAUCGCAAACGAAGAAUUACGCUUGAGUUCUUCUAUGUUAGCAGUUAAUUUCUUCGUCUCCGCUGCCAUUUCGGGUGAUUAGAACACAGAACUAACCAAAAAGAAAUCAAAAUUUCACCGAAAAUUCCCACUUUCCACUUUUUGGCAGAUUUUAGCAAUCUCUACGAACCCUCUAAGAGAGAGAGAGAGAAAGUAUAUCUAUAUUGCAUGACAUUUGCCCUGGUAGUAGGUGGGUUUAACAUUUACGGGGAGCUUUCAUGUCGUUAAAUUAAUGACGUCAUGGUUUCUUGCAGACGUCAACCCUUGUAAAUCAAACAACCACAAGGUGCUCUCCGAGCCUGAUCGGGCGGCAGGGUUUAUAAUAAUGGACCAGCCACGCAGCGACAAAGAUGAGUUCAACGAGUCAACCGCUUGGUAUCGGUUUAAUGGCAGUGCUGGCGAUCGAAUGGCAAACCGUUGCGUUCCUUACAAACACUGUGGUACUGAGGCCACUGGCUGGCUGAACGGUCCUCAUCCUUCUAAGAAAGACGGCAUUGUUAAUCGCACUGUGUGCUUUCGAUCAGGGUAUGACUGCUGUUUUUGGAGCAUCCAAGUGAAAGUUCAAAACUGCAGUGGCUUCUAUGUGUAUCAACUGAAAAGAAACGUCCCUGGAGCUUACGAAAAUUACCGCUAUUGCGGUAAUGGAAAAGGUAACUGAAAAGUUCACUCUGAUAUUAAUUAAAUGCUUAUAACUUUUCUUUAUUUGGGUAAAUCGCCCCAUGUAAGGGAAUCCAAAAUAGUCUUAGAUUCUUGAUUCCCGGCUGUGGAUUCCAGAUUUCAGGUACUGGAUUCCAGUCAGUGGAACAUGGAUUCUGGAUUCCAAUAGUCAGUGGGAUUCCGGAUUCGUUUAGCUGUAUUCCGGAUUACAAAGCCCAGGAUUCCUGAUUUCAAAAUAAAAAACUUCCCAGGUAGCAAAAAUUUCUCCGAUUCCAGAAUCCAGAUUGCAUACCUUAAGAUUGAACUUUAGGAAAUGUUACUUAUCUUUGACAAAAAAGGCGAUUUGGAUUAACCGCGACAAAAUUUGAGUGACGACGAGGAAGCAUUCCAUUAGAAACGUUUUGCUGCCAUACAUCACCCUAGUUGCAUGUAACUAAAGCUUUUUGUUCUCUCUUCUAGAGCCUGAUCCAUGCGACAGGCGAUUUUAUAAGGUGCUAGAUGAAGACGAUAGAGCAAGAGGAUUCGUCACCGGAAGUGUCAUCAAAUGUGAUUUAGAAUCCGAAGAUGCAGUGAUGUACAACAGGUGGAGUCGGUUUAACGGCUCCGCAGGGGUUGCCAUGCCAACCAAAUGUGUUGAUAAAAUGCGGUGUGGAGCGGAGGCUCCCGGAUGGCUGCGUGAUAAACAUCCCAGAGUGAAUCAAGGUGUGGUCACACGAAAAGUUUGCUAUCACUGGGGCGGUGAUUGCUGCUUCUACAAAAAUGACAUUCAAGUCAAAAACUGUGGUGACUUCUUUGUUUACAAGUUUGAGAAGCCGCCGGCGAGUUAUCUGCGGUAUUGCGGCAAUGGCAAAGGUAAUCAUAUAUUGUAUAUUCAAAUGGACUGCGUUACAGGUAUAACGAAAUCUGUAUUGAUGACAGUUGUUACCAUUGAGAUGGGGCGAAAUUUUUUUUAUCAAGGUCAAAAUAGUAAAGUGAAACUGAUAUCAAGUUGAUUCAACGUUAUUGCUUUAUAUUUAGGUCCUUCGAAAAGCAGUAAUCCUGAUACUUGUGAGGCUGAAGUUGAGUCAGUUGAUUAUGAAGGUAAGAUUUAGCGCAGGACCGUGAUCACAACGAAGAUGGCGCGACUAGAGCGUUCACAUUCCUCUAUUAUUAUCAUUGUUGUUGUUGUUGUUGACGAUAAACGCAUGGAUUGCAUGAGCUACAUCUUUCUAGUUUCAGCGUAGAACGGCGGUCUAUAGCGGGCGGCGGAGCAGGGGGUCGGGGUUCCGUAGCCCCUCCAAACAAAAAUUUGAGCCUCCCCCCGCCGCCGCCGAAAAACGCCAAAAAACACUUUAACAGAUCUAUUUGACAAUACCUGUAACAUCGGGACUUAAGAGCGCACAUUUUCUGCCCUAAGACGACUCAAGAACUACCUAAAAAGCACCAUAAAGCAAGACCACCUGAACAACUGCCUAUACUGAUGCAUGAUCACAAAUUGAUUACGGACAAACUUGACACUGUGAAGUCAGCCUCUUUCCCAGGUUUAGGAGAGAAACCUGGGGACCAUGUUGACUGUGAAGAUUGGAGAGACAUUUGCUUGUACCAACGAACGACGCAAAGGGCAUUUUGGAAAAUCUGAGUAGGGGAAUGCGUAUGGCUGAGUUUCAAAACAUCAGUCCGCCUCCUCUGCCACAUGAUCACUUUUAGCCCACACUUUUAAAAAUAGCUAUAGGCAUUGAAUGAGGACUUGCGAACAAAAAUGUCUGGUUCUUAACACAUGUACACAGACUGGAUGAAGAGUUGAUCAUAAGUUGUCCAAUAAGGUACUUGUGAUGACGACUAAGACAUAUACUUUUGGUUUUUAAGAGCAUUAACUAAUUAAUCCUUGCCUGCUAUCUUGUGUUGUGAGGAGCUGGCAUUUAGUGGUGCCCGCUUCGCACUCUCCUAGGUAAUAAAAGGCCUUUGGACUCCACUUUGACCCUACAGUGUGGUCUGACGGCUAUGCCAUACUGAUGAGCCCUAAUACCGCUGUCACUGCCUGGGUGAUAUAGCUGUGCGCAUGCGUAUGGUAGUAGCCAGACCGUGGUUUGCUGUACAAACGUGUGUCACCGGCUUCGAAGUUCGUUUUGUUGUCUUUCGUGAUAUACAUGAUAUUUGGUAGAAAAUGCAUUGUUUGUCUCGUAGAAAACCCUUGUUUAACUGGUGAAUACAUCGAGCUGUCUGAGCAGGACCGCGCAGCUGGAUAUUUAGCUACAGGCCGUGAAAGGUGCGAUGGAAGCAAGUUCGCUAAAAAGGAAGCGUGGUAUCGCUUUACUGGGAACGCAGGUUGCAGAAUGGCUGAGGGAUGUGUUCCUGGGAAACACUGCACCAGUGGAGCUGCAGGCUGGUUGAAUGGAUCUCAUCCUCGAGACGAGGACGAAGGAGCAGUAAACAGAACUGUCUGCUUUCGCUGGAAGGACGACUGCUGCAAGAGGAAGAUUCAAAUCAAAGUUCGCAAAUNCCAGACCGUGGUUUGCUGUACAAACGUGUGUCACCGGCUUCGAAGUUCGUUUUGUUGUCUUUCGUGAUAUACAUGAUAUUUGGUAGAAAAUGCAUUGUUUGUCUCGUAGAAAACCCUUGUUUAACUGGUGAAUACAUCGAGCUGUCUGAGCAGGACCGCGCAGCUGGAUAUUUAGCUACAGGCCGUGAAAGGUGCGAUGGAAGCAAGUUCGCUAAAAAGGAAGCGUGGUAUCGCUUUACUGGGAACGCAGGUUGCAGAAUGGCUGAGGGAUGUGUUCCUGGGAAACACUGCACCAGUGGAGCUGCAGGCUGGUUGAAUGGAUCUCAUCCUCGAGACGAGGACGAAGGAGCAGUAAACAGAACUGUCUGCUUUCGCUGGAAGGACGACUGCUGCAAGAGGAAGAUUCAAAUCAAAGUUCGCAAAUGUGCCGGGAAUUUCUUCCUCUAUUUGCUGAAGCGAAACCCAUGGAAAAAGGUCUCCUGUAGUUACCGUUACUGUGGCAACGGAGAAGGUAAGGAUCGCACAAAAUCAAGUAGCCUGCGAGUAAACUCCUCAUUGGCCAUUUGCCCCUAAAAUUUUGCCUAAUCGUUGUCUUCAGUUUCUCUUGGGACGACUGAAACAUCCAGUGGAAAUGAAAAACGAAUGUUAUGCAAAAGUUUGGUGGUGGUGGAGGGGGAGUUGGUUGGUGCAAACGAGGUGUAUCAUGGGAUAUGUGCAAGUGGUUAAUUUGGGGGAGACGUGUCCCUUACGACUCGCUUCGUUUGCCAAAAAUGGCCGCUCUUAGGCUAAAAAUCAAGUUAUCAAGUAUGGUGCUUUCUCGAAAAACUUUUUUUGCUAAGCAUUUUAGAGAAGUGCUGACCCAUUGAUGAUUGUUUUUCUUUCAGCAUAGAACUUUUUAACAAAGCAAUAGAUUUAUGCUUAAUAUUCAUCUUUCUUUGCAUUACAAGUACUUCAAAAGAAGAAAUAAAACUGAACACUCAUUAAGUUUUUUCCUGGCUCUGUAUUUUCAGGGCCACCACACAUAAGAAAAGUUCCAACGACAAAAGGUAAGUAAAUUGUUGUAGGAGAAACAAAAACAGAACAAAAACCGAUUAUCCUUUUAGGCGAAGUAACCCAUUCGUCUUUAUAUAAAAUGUCCCUUACUCGUUAGAUUAUAAUUAUUCAGUAAGAAGGAAGCAAGUGCUUUUGAUCGCCUUCUACCAGGGAGAGGACAAAGGUGUAGAAAUUGCCGCAAGAUAUUUCGCCGAAAAGCAUAGCACUUUACAUUGUUAACCUCAAGUUUUCUCUUUCACUACAUCAAAUUUUUAGGACCUACGCCUACAAAAACGCCAUCGACGGCGAAAGGUAACAUAAGAAGCGUUUUUAACUUUAAAAGGGAAUUAGUUGCUGUCAAUUACCAGUCACCAUGGGCCGAGGUACCUGUUCGUUUAUAGUUCCUUCCGGUCUCAUAUAGUCUAGGUAGCAGGCGUCAAAACGAGUAGGGGAUUGAGAGGAUGGGAAAAAAGGAGGGCAGUUAUAUGUGGGAAAGAUUUUCAAAAUAAAAGCAUUUUCUCGCUGUUCUAAGCUUUGUUUUUCUCCGCCAAACUUUACAAAAACGCUAUUGACGGCGAAAGGUAAGACAAGUGAAUUUUGUAUCUUUUACAAAGGAGUAACGCCGCUGCUAAGCAGCUUUUAACAUGUUUAAGUUCCUGUUUCAUUUGUUGUUCCUUCUUUCAUAGGGAGGAAUCGGGAAGACUUUAUUUUGCUGAAAAAAAAAAAUAGCACUUUAAUUUUCACUGUGAAGUUCUAAAAGUUUUCUUUUUACCGUCAUUUUCUUAGGGCCCACGUCUACGAAAGCGCCACCGACGAAAGGUAAAAUAAACAAAGUUUUCUCGAUAUUAAUUAUGAUGCUGUUCACAGCAUCCUUAGUUCAGAUAAUACAUUGUAUGCCAGAAAGAUUUGUUUUAGCCCUAAAAAUGGAGCCGUUUCGGUAAAUAAAAUACAGUCCUAUUUUUUUAGUCUCAUUUGGCUCAUUUAUAAUCAGGGCCAGUACAUUCCAAUUACCUGGGGCUGAUUUAGACCCAAGGGCUGAAAUGGGCCCAGCGUGGGCUGGAAUAACCUUUUGAAUGGCCUGUCUUGGCUUCAAUUGUGCUCAAAUGGCUUCAGAAGGGGCUGAAUCAGACUUUGGCCUGUGGGGCUGAAUUGACACUUUGGGGCUGAAACAGAUCUUUUUAAUUUUUAGUGUAAUUCCCGUUAUGUGUGGGGAGGCUCAAAGAGAAACGGAAAGCGGACAGAGUAGAAACGAUAGUACGGUGACUGGUGUGAUGCUACCUAUCUAGCAAAGUCUUUAUUGAGAUUUCUGAAAUGCGAUUAUUUUUUUCUCCGUUACAGUCUCUGUCAGACCUUCUCAGCCUCACACGCUUCCUCAACAAGGUAACAAAAUAGAUGUAAUGAGCAGUUUUCUUUUUCCUCGUCUGCCAAUCAUAUCAAAGGUCCAUGAGAAGAAGGGCUAAGCUCAGCCGAACUGGUUUAUCUAUUACAUACUAACCCUAGCCCAACAAACAUUAGGAUAAUGGGAAAAUCAUCCCAAAUUUGGCACUUAGCGUCCGGAGGCUGGGGUCUUCGGUUAAUCAACUUUUUAGCUCAUACGAGGGAAGCCUCUAGCAGACUCACACGCGGAUCGAAUGAUAGGGAGGGAAGGCUAAAAAACUCGCAGUUAUAGCGAAUUUUGCUCAUGCGUAGAUGUAUGACUGUCUAAAAUGAGAUUUUUGCCUUCCUUCGCCUCUCUUCUCUUCGUAAUUUUUUACAGCAACUUUUCCUUUACUAUUUACAGAAGAAGUUGAUGUCAAAUGUGGAAAGAAUGAAAUGUGGAUCAGCAUUCCGAAAUACAUUCUUCACGGCCUUGAUCGAGAACACCUUCGCCUUGCUNUCAAAGAGAGACGGAAAGCGGACAAAGUAGAAACGAUAGUACGGUGACUGGUGUGAUGCUACCUAUCUUGCAACGUCUUUAUUGAGAUAUCUGAAAUGUGAUUAUUUUUUUCUCCGUUACAGUCUCUGUCAGACCUUCUCAGCCUCACACGCUUCCUCAACAAGGUAAUAAAAUAGAUGUAAUGACCAGUUUUCUUUUUCCUCGUCUGCCAAUCAUAUCAAAGGUCCAUGAGAAGAAGGGCUGAGCUCAGCCGAACUGGUUCAUCUAUUACAUACUAACCCUAGCCCAACAAACAUUAGGAUAUGCAAUGGGAAAAUCAUCCCAAAUUUGGCACUUAGCGUCCGGAGGCUGGGGUCUUCGGUUAAUCAACUUUUUAGCUCAUACGAGAGAAGCCUCUAGCAGACUCACACGCGGAUCGAAUGAUAGGGAGGGAAGGCUGAAAAACUCGCAGUUAUAGCGAAUUUUGCUCAUGCGUAGAUGUAUGACUGUCUAAAAUGAGAUUUUUGCCUUCCUUCGCCUCUCUUCUCUUCGCAAUUUUUUACAGCAACUUUUCCUUUACUAUUUACAGAAGAAGUUGAUGUCAAAUGUGGAAAGAAUGAAAUGUGGAUCAGCAUUCCGAAAUACAUUCUUCACGGCCUUGAUCGAGAACACCUUCGCCUUGCUGAUGAAAAAUGUACAGCCACCGAGACGAAAACACACUUCAUACUACAUACAAAUUUGACCGACUGCCACACAAGAAAAACGCACACCAAAAAUUUCGUUUGCUACAUGAACACGGUAUUAGAAAUCCCAGUAGCGCCAAAUCAGAUUAUCACACGGGUGCGUGAGGUGGAAAUACCAUUUAGCUGUUACUACUCAAACAUGGGCGUCGUCUCCGCUGUUGGCCUCAAAGUUCAAAGCAAGAAGAUCAUCUUCUCUAAGAAAGGCUUUGGAAAAUUCGUGUUGGAAAUGAAAAUAUUUCCAAACAACAAGUUUAUCUCUCCCUACAGGAAGGAAGAUUUCCCCAUAUAUGUGCCUCUGAGGAAAGUCUUGUAUAUUGAAGUCAGUGUAGACUCAAAAGACACCAGGUUGGCCGUUUUGGCAGAGGAGUGCUUUGCUACACCAGAUCCUAAUCCUAAUAAACCUGGAUUGAGAUAUAUAUUCAUCAAGAAUGGGUUUGUUAGAUCUCUAACACUAAUUUACUUAUUAACUUACGUAGCAGGCACUGGCUUAUUCUAAGUGUUUUUGAAACGGAGAACAAAUUGCGCGCUACUGCAUCGCACGUAAGGUAGUGUACGGACAAUUAAAGCAGUCCCUUGGGUGGGACAUUUAGAGCGACUUGUGAUCUUACCCUAUUAUAAAAUUGUGCUACAGCAAGUUUAUAAGCUUAAAUCAACUUUGUGUGAUAACGGCACUUCUCCCUUACUAUCAGAGUGACUACCAUUUUAACAAAGUGGUCUGCAUUGUUCAUUUGCCGUUUUUCGUAAAGCAGGAACCACUAGCAUAAUUAAGCCAGUUAGAAGAAUUUUACCUGACUUCUUCCGUUUCCUCACAGUCAUCCAAGAUUAACGUUGUGUGCAUGAGAUGUAUUUUCUCAGCUUUUGCAUUCAAAAUCUCUCAUCCCUUUUAGGUAUGCAUGAGUUAGUUUUCUUGCGAACCGAAAGGAAACCCAAAUAGAAUAAAUAUUUUGAGUUCACAAGAGUUCUCAUUCAAUGUGGUUCGGCAGACAUCGUCUCCCAUUCCUCUAUCGUCUCUAACAAGUAUUCUAAAAUUUUCUGACAUUUCUUGCAGGUGCAAGCAAGACGAUACUGUCACUUUCAUUCAAACAGAAGACAAACAGACUCAGCAUUUCAGCAUCGAAGCCUUCAGUUUCCUUGGCGAUCAUCAGUUUGUCUUCAUGCAUUGCAGAGUCAAGAUUUGUAACGCAACAGAUCCCCAGUCACGCUGCGCACAGGGAUGCCUACAGCAGCGACGUAAGAGAUCCCUGUGGACCAACCUUGGGAGAGAUGAGGAGUACAGUGUGUCUCAUGGACCUUUUAUGAGGAAAGAUGAAGAAGAACAAGUAAGGGAUGUUCAGGAUUCUACAGACGACUUACUCAGGAAGGAUAUCAAAGGUAAAGCAUUAUAAUCAAAUACAGUAAAUUGCAGUUUAUAACCUCUUGGGGUCCCCAGUUAUAGGUCCAUGUACCUGUAAUCAAUAAGAUGGUACACUCGGUUAUAAGCUUGUCUCAAGCCUUUGUUCCAAAUGUGUUGAAAUGAACUCAAAUUCAGAUUAUUCAAAUUCAAUUCUGUAAUGAUUUUUUUAUAUUAUGACGUUUUGAAGAUUGAAAAAACAAAACAAGUGACUGGAAAACGUAUUUUGAUCAGCACUGCUAGUUUGUCUCGAAACACUUCUCUAAUCCAUUUAUGAGACUUAUGAAUUCCUCGUGAAACACCUUAGAAGAUGUAUUAGUCCACUUCUUAUAAGCAGCAGUUUCCUUCAAAUCAACUUAUGUCCACCAUUCUUAGGCUCUUGCAAGCCAGAAUGCGACGAAUUCGAGAAUUCGCCUUAGAAGUAAAAAUUGAAAUGUUAGAAACACUAUUUACACUAAUUAUAAUUUCGUGUUACAGGUGAUGAGAGCAAUCCGACUUUGAUCAUUGCUAUGGCCUUGACCAGCGCGAUAUGUGUGACUGGAAUGACAUACAUGCUGUGGUCAAAGAAAAAACAAACCAAAUAUGGCUACCGUCCGCUAACACAAACAAAACUUGACUGAUACCUAAAGGCACAAGUUUUAUCUGAGGCUAAUUUUAAUUGCUAAGUUUUACAGAGUGUAAAGAAAGGUGGGCUUGACCAGAGUGGGGUGGAGCGGGGAAUGCUUUGCAUCAGUUUAAAUUGCAUGUAAGAAAAACAAACAAACAAACAAAAAAUACUGACCGUUUUGAGAUUAUUACUCGUGCCAAUCGUCUUCUCAUAAAUGAAUCGUUAUGAAUAGUAAGUCCUCUUCUUAAUUGAUAAAGAAAAAGAUUGAUCGCUAGAAGAAUUAUUGAACAGUCCUUACAGUAAAUAGUUAACGCCCUGCUGAAAUUGCCCUCCUCCACCCUACUCAACCAUGCACUCUAACCUCUCAAAAGCAAGGGAUAAAUCCACUAAUUAUUUUAUAAGGGGUCCAAGUUGUGUGCGCAGUGUUGGUGGUUAAAAUUACAGGAUAGUUGUAUGCAAGCUAAAACUUCUUCCAUCUGGUCUGAUAAUCUUCCCUUGAAGGGUGACGAUCCUCCCUCAAGACAUGAAAAACGCCUGCUUGUAACAUCUUUUUUAGUGUUUUUAUUUUACUUCUGACAAGCUUCUUGUCGAAUUCCUCUCAGUGUUAUAGCUAAUGGUAUUUUAAUCACAGGAUUGGGCAUCCUUUUUCCUCGUCAAGCAAGCGCCGAAGGGGUGGUUAAUCAGUUAAUCGAUCUUUUCCACUAGUCCUCUUACAUGAAAAGGUUUGUUUGGCCUUUGAAAUUGGUUUUCAAUCGAGGGAUCAAGUACCUUCUGACCCAAAUUAAGUAGCAUUUUGUCGAGUUUGGCACCUGGAGGUAUGGCGGGUUUGCGAGGCCUGACAGCAUGCUUCCCCUCGAGCACAGGUGACGCCCCCUCUCCCCCUCUUUUUUAUAUCCCUUUUGUUUUGAUCAUCCUCUUUAUUUUCCUCGGUUAGCCCUUUCCCUGGAGCUUCGUGAGGUUCUGCGAGGCAAUUGUUUUUAUGGAGUUUAUUGCAUUGUAUUUAUUUAUUUGCACCAUGCACGGUAUAUAAUUUUACUGACUAUUAUUGUGUUAAUAUUAAAAAGUCAUAAGUCCUUAAAGGAGCAGGAACUCUAUCUC